CGGUGCCGGUGAGUCAAUUAGGGCUUGGCUGUUUCUUCUGCCGCUCGCUAUUCGAUACUCUUCACGCUCUUGUCUGCAGCUGGGUUUCUGCAGGAUUAAAAUGCCUCCUAAGCGUCUCGGCAGAAAUCCCAUUGCUAAUGGACAGCCCCAAACGAAGCGAAUAAAGGUUACACGCCUUUAUACGCUCGAGUUCGUUUCCGUCGAUGACCACGCUUUGCCAUAUCAGAAGGCAUUUGCAUCGAUUCCAUUUGAUACAGAGAGUCUUGUCCUUACUCUAGGCGUUGGCGAUACAGGUCAGCUCGGUCUAGGGCCUGAUCUAACUGAACGUACCAGGCCUGCCAAAUUACCAGCUUCAAGUUUAGAAGAAGCCACAGGACUCCUAAAUGAAAACGAUAAACUUGCUAAUGGAUUCGUUCAGAUUUGUGCAGGUGGAAUGCACACAGUAGCUUUGAUGAAAUCGCCAAACUUCGUAUUUACAUUCGGUUGCAACGACGAGGGAGCCCUUGGACGAGUCACAUCAGAGGGGCAUGAUAAAUACUCAAAAGACGAAGUACAUACAAAAUCAAAAGAAAACAAAAAUCGUCCUAAAAAAAAAAAAAAAUUAGACGAUGAGAAGUAUAACUCGUUGGGGCUGAGUUCCGCUGUGCUCUCAAAUAUGAAAGUUUUAGAAGAGUCAAGGCCUGGAGUUGUUCACUUCCCUUUCAAAAUUAAGAUAGUUAUGGUUUCUGCUGGAGACAGUCACACUUCUGCUUUAGAUGACCAUGGUGGUGUUUGGCUUUGGGGUACAUUUCGGGGUUCUAGUGGCCCAAUUGGACUGCUUGAGCCUGGCGAGAUCUGUCGCUUUCCCAAACGUUUGCAGAUUCAAACUGAAGGUUCCCGACGUCCCCUUCAUAGAAAUGUGAUUGCUAACAACAUUGAUGCUCAAAUCCCUCAGAGCGAACGUAUCGUAAAGAUCACUUCUGGCCAAGAUCAUCUUGUCUGCUUGUCAGAAGAUGGACGCUUAUACACCAUGGGUUCCGCUGAACAAGGACAGUUGGGUCGCAUUGCUGAGCGUUUUUGUCAAGAUGGAGGUCGUUCUGGGAUUAGUAAGUGGGCCGUUUCACAUAAUAAUGUAUAG